AUGGCCCAUCGCCCGUCGCCCGUCUGUCGCCCGCCGCCCGCCGCCAUGAGGCGCGGGGGCCCCGCCGCCAUCGCCGCCUGCCUCGCCGGGGCACUCGCCGUGCUGGCGGGGCCGGGGCCGGGGCCGGGCAGUGCCACCGGGACCGGCCGGCGGCCCCCCCGCAGCUACGGGCACCUGGAGGGCGACGUGCGCUGGCGGCGGCUCUUCUCCGCCACCCGCUUCUUCCUGCGCAUCGACGGCGGCGGCGGCGUGGAGGGAACGCGCUGGAGGGAGCGGCCGGGCAGCAUCGUUGAGAUCCGGUCGGUGCGUGUCGGCGUCGUGGCCAUCCGGGCGGUGCACACCGGCUUCUACCUGGCCAUGAACAAGCGGGGGAGGCUCUACGGGUCGAAGGAGUUCAGCCCCAACUGCAAGUUCACGGAGCGCAUCGAAGAGAACGGCUACAACACCUACGCGUCGCUGCGCUGGCGGCACCGCGGCCGCCCCAUGUUCCUCUCGCUCAAUAGCAAGGGCCGGCCACAGCGAGGGGGCAGGACCCGCCGGCAGCACCUCUCCACACACUUCCUCCCCAUGCUCGUCAGCUGAACACCGUGGGCAGCUCCAGACGGUCCUGUAGGAAGAAAAAAAAAAAAAAACCAAACAAAAAAUGUUAUUUUAUUUAUGUACAUAUCUAUUUUUUGCUAUUUAUUGCUUUAUUUUUAACGCAUGGCAGAGGAGGGAUGUGGAAGGCAGUCUCAGCCGUGCGGGGCUGUGGUUCUCCCACUGUUCCCAAAUUUGCCCUAAACCAGGACAGCCUGGCACAGGGAUGGUGUGGUGCAGUUGGGGAACACGACUGGAGCAGGGGCCAGGAUCUGCUAAUGGCAUCUCUGCAGGGCUGGGAUGUACCAGCAGGUUGUCUGUGUCCGAGCUUCCGUGGCAAUUAAAGCUGUGUUUGUGGUAUGGAA